AUGGCCGAGGGUCCGAGCUGGGGGGAGGCGUCCGGCCUGGCGGAGUUGGCGGUGGCGGUGGUGGUCCGCGCCAUCAGGGAGGCUGGGCUGGAGGUGGCGCCGCAGAAGACCCAGGCGAUGUUCUUUUUCGACCAUCGCCGGGGUCUGCCGCCUCCGGCCGAGAUACGGGUCGGCGGGGUCAGCGUCCCGGUGGGGACCAAGAUGAAGUAUCUUGGCCUCACCCUGGACGGCACCUGGUCCUUCGGGGAGCACUUCGGCGGGCUGGCGCCGAGGCUGGAGGGGGCGACCAACGCGCUGAGUCGCCUCCUCCCGAACCUCGGGGGCCCGGAGACGCGAGUGCGCCGCUUGCUGGUGGGAGCGGUGCGGUCGAUCGCCCUGUACGGGGCGCCGGUGUGGGCGGAGGACCUCGCGGCCUCCCGGCGGGCCCUCCAGGUGGUGAGGGCGGCCGAGAGGCGGCUGGCCGGGAGGGUCGUGAGGGCGUACCGCACCGUCUCUCACCGAGCGGCGCUGGCCCUGGCGGGCACCCCCCCCGUGGAGCUGCUGGCGGAGGGACACGCUAACGCGUACCUCCGCCGGCGGGACCUGCGGGAGAGGGGUGUGGUGCUGACGGCCAGGGCAAGGGGGCCCUGA